AUGGACAAUGGAAGUCAAGGAACAUAUGUUACCGAAAAUUUGGCAAAGCAGCUACAAUUACCGGUUGUAGGUAUUGACAACACACGAAUUAUUUCGUUUGGCCAAAGUAGCCACAAUAGAAAAGUUAAGCAAAUAAAACGUGUAAUAUUAAAAGUGCAAAGCCAAUAUUCCGAUGAAAUUAAAGAAAUUUAUGCUUCAGUUGUGCAAAAUAUAUGUGCUGAUGUUAUACCAGUUCCUGGUGACAUAUAUGAUAAAAUUAAAAACAUGGCUGAAAAUGUAGUCACAAAUGUAAAACAAAUGACUGGUAUUAAUUUAUUAAUUGGCCAAGACAAUUAUUGGCAAUUUAACUCUAAUAAUUGUGAAUAUAUUACUAAGAAUUUGGUUGCAGUUGAAACAUUUUUCGGUUGGACAAUUCAAGGCUGUUCAGAUAAUCAAACUCAAACGAAAUAUGUAUUGAAUGUUAUCGAAGAUUCAAACGAUUUUGACGUUUCUAAAUUUUGGGAUUUAGAAUCCGUUGGGAUUAAAUCAUACCCCGAAUGUACAAAACCUCUUAAAAAAGCAAAUUUAGCGAAAAUUAAUGGACGUUAUACUGUAAGCCUACCAUGGAAAUAUGAUAAGGAUGUCUACCUUCAUAAUAAUAAAAAUAAUGCACUAAAUCGACUCAAAACUCUUAGUUCUAAAUUAUUUAAAGAUCAUAAUAAACUAAUCGAAUACGACACUGGAAUGCGCGAACUAAUUAAGUCUGGAAUAGCAGAGGAAGUACCAGAUGGCCAUAAUAAUGAGAGAACAUAUUACAUGCCGCAUCGUCCAGUGUACAGAGAAGAUAAAAUUACAACAAAAAUGCGCAUUGUGUUCGACGCCUCUUCAAGUAACCCAGGAAUGGCAUCACUUAAUGAUAUGCUUGAUUCAGGUGAGAACUUAUUGGCAGAUUUAACUUCGAUAUUGCUAAGAUUUCGUUGUCACAAAAUUGCAAUGAGUGCAGAUAUAGAAAAAGCAUUUUUACAAAUUUCAUUAAAUCAGAAUGAUAGAGAUAGUCAUCGUUUCCUUUGGUAUAAAAAUUUAAGAGAUGAUAACAAACUAGCGGAAAUUGCAACUUAUCGAAUGGCAAGGGUAACUUUUGGUGUAACAUCUAGUCCUUUCUUGUUAGCGUCGACAAUGCAGCAACAUCUGCAAGGCAAUGUUGAACAAUAUGGUUUAAUAUGUGACAAACUAAAAAACUCAUUUUACGUAGACGACUUAAUAAUUAGUAUAUCAACUGUUCAAGAAGCUGAAUAUUUAUACCUCAUUGCAACGAAAAUAAUGAAAAUAGGAGGUUUUAAUUUGCGGAAGUGGACCUCCAACAGCGAAGACUUACGACGAAAAUUUGAAGAAAAUAAUGAAGAGCAGCAUCCGAUACAAAAGGUGCUUGGAGUUUUAUGGUACAUUUAUGAAGAUAAUUUAUUUAUAAAUUUAGAUCACUGUAUAGAGAUUUCCCGGAAUUUAAGACCAACUAAACGCAAUGUAUUAAAGAUUAUGGCUGGAGUUUAUGAUCCCUUAGGAUUUUUAGGUCCGUUUACUGUAAAAUUGAAAACACUAUUGCAGAGGAUAUGGAAAGAAAAUUUAGACUGGGACUCUACCUUACCUGAAAGCUUAGCGGAUGAUUUUAAUAAAUGGUGUGAUGAUUUACAUAGUUUAAAAUAUUUUACUAUUAGUAAGAUCCAAUUUGUCAACAAUUCAACUACAUGUAUUUGCAGAUGCGAGCCCGAUUGCAUACGGAGCUGUUGCAUACCUACGAGAAAUUUUGUCUAG